GCUCACCACCCUCCACCGUCCAACUCAACAUCCCCAACGUCGUUGACAGGACAGCAAAGGGACUUCGACAUGGCACCUUCUAUUCUUGGGAAACGAACAAGAAGUGGCACUGACUUUGACUCGAAGCCAAAUUUUUCACGCGUUAAACGCCCAGCUCGCGCAGAGAUUUUCAAUGACGAAAACUCGAAUCCUUUCGUCAGUCGCGCCGUGCACGAUAGCAAGCAAGAUGACAACCUUAUGGACAUUGAUGAGCCAUCAGAGGGGGUCAACUUGAGAUCGGCGCCGGCUAAACAUGGUCCUGCUGGAGCUCGAGUUCCAAUCUCUCCUUCGAAGUUCAAGGCGCGCAACAGCGAGAACGGCAUCCAGAACCCAACGCCUCAAACUCCCCGCCAUCGGGAUGCGUUCUCAAAACCAACCCCAAUCACCCCCAGACAUCGGGUCACAAUUAUUGGCAAACCAUUGACUCCCCGGACUCCUCGCACACCUGUAACUCCUGGAGGGUCAAUCACAACGGUUUACAGCCAAGCUCGGCAAAUUUUUACGCGCUCGACAGAGCCAGGUCGACUCGUUGGUAGAGAAGCGGAACGAGAGGAGUUGACACAAUUUGUCCAGGACUGCAUAGCAAAGACAUCCGGAGGCUGCACUUAUGUUAGCGGGCCGCCAGGGACUGGGAAAAGUGCGAUGGUACACGAGGUUACUGAGGGUUUCGAAACUUCCUCAACUACCAAGAAGGCAUACAUUAAUUGCAUGAGCAUGAAGACCUCUAAGGAUCUUUAUGGCAAUUUGUUGGAGAAUCUCUGUGAGGAUGUUGAAGUUCUGGAAGGAGAUGAAGUGGAGACGCUUCAAGGGAUGUUCGUUCCCAAGAAGAAGUCGAAAACGGUUUACAUUGUCACAUUGGAUGAGAUCGAUCAUGUUCUCAGCCUGGAUCUGGAGAUACUGUAUAAGCUCUUCGAAUGGUCCCUCCAGAAAGCCUCGCGUCUCAUCCUAGUCGGCAUUGCGAACGCCUUGGAUCUGACGGACCGAUUCCUUCCACGACUCAAGGCUCGGAACUUGAAGCCUCAGCUGCUACCAUUUCUACCUUACACUGCAGCCCAAAUCAAGACAGUCAUUGCCUCUAGGCUGAAGUCUCUCAUCCCCGUGGACAGCCCCACUCCGGAUUUCGUCCCCUUUCUCCAUCCGGCAGCCAUUGAGCUCUGCUCACGAAAGGUAGCGGGCCAAACUGGAGACCUGCGAAAGGCUUUCGAUAUUUGCAGACGAGCGAUUGACCUAAUUGAAUCGGACACCAAACAAAAGCAUGAACAGGCAUUAAAGGAUUUGAUUCUUCAAGACAGUCCAUCCAAAAGACCUCUCGAGGAGAAUGUCAACCUUUCGUCGCCGGCUGGUUCAUCACCAAGAAAGGUGGUCCCAACCAAGUCACUUGCUCAAUCCCUCGCAAGUCUCACAGUCGAGACGGCUCCUCGGGCACUGAUCUCGCAUGUCAACAAAAUUACAUCUGCAACCUUCGGUAACGGAGCAAACCAAAGACUCAAGACCCUAAACCUCCAGCAGAAGGCAGCUCUGUGUGCACUGGUGGCUCUCGAGAAGCGAAAGAGAGAGGCAGCUGCAAACGUUAUGGCCACGCCAUCGAAGUCGAAAAAUGCUGCUCCAACCAUCAAGGCGCUGUAUGAUGUCUAUUGCAUGCUGUGCACACGCGAUUCAGUACUCCAUCCUCUGACCAGCACCGAAUUCCGAGACGUGGUUGGAAGUCUGGAGACGUUAUCCCUCAUCAGCGCAGUCGAUGGGAGAAACGGUUCUUUCGUACCGUUGGGCACAUCCAUUAAGGGACGCAAGAAAUUUGGCUCUGGUAUCGGUAUUGGCGAUGAGAAGAGAGUUGGGAGCUGUGUUGGUGAGAAGGAGGUUGCGCAAGCUGUCGAAGGACUCGGGGGAGGAAUUCUGAAGAGUAUUUUGAGUGGAGAGGGUCUUGAUUAAGCAUUUGUUUUUUCUUCCGCAUAGCGACGGUUGGGUCAUUGAAUAGAGGAAGCAUGCCUCCUUGUUUAGCAUAAGGAGUUAGGAUACACAUGAGAGGAGUCCAUGAGAAUUAUACAAUUACAUCAGUCAUUAAAUCAUACAG